AUGCCGCCUGAUCCAGGUAUAGAGGCUGCAGCCCUAGGUGCUAGUGAGUCUGCUCUCCCUGGUACUGCGUCGGCUCAGGCCUUGCACACGUUUACACUUGACUCUGGUGCUUCCCGCUGUUUCUUUCACGACAGCAACAUUGUCACUCCCCUCCCUGCACCUAUCCCUGUCUCACUAGCUGAAACCUCUGGGGGCCCACUGCUUGCACGAGCCACGACUGUGCUUCCGUGCCCGGCGGUCCCGUCUGGUGAGCUGUCAGGUCUCCACAUCCCCUCGUUCUCUACGAACCUGGUGAGCAACGCCGUCCUUCAGGAUCAUUGGGUUGACACCUUUACUCCUGGAGGACAGCGUGUGGCGAUCCUCACGUGCUCCAAGACUGGCCGCCACCUGGCCACGUUCACUCGUGAGCCUGGGUCCAGUCUGUACACCCUCACCACUGUUUCACGCUACACCCCUUUGUCUCCACAGCUGUACGCGUCUGCUCAGGUAGCUACCCAGUGUGAGUGUCGUCGCCUGUCGCACGACACUCUCCUGUGGCACCACCGCCUUGGUCACCCCUCCCUGCCUCGCCUUCGUGGCAUGCACUCUCGCUCCCUGGUCUCUGGUCUUCCCAGGUCUCUGCCUGCCCUCCCUCCCUCGCCUGCGCCGCCCUGCAUUCCUUGCGUCGAGGGGCGGCAGCGUGCCGCUCCUCACUCCUCCUCGUUCCCUCCCACAGAGGCUCCGCUGCAGACUCUCCACCUGGACGUGUGGGGCCCAGCCCGCGUCCAGGGGCAGGGCCGUGAGCGCUCCGCGAGCAGUUCGUUCGGGUCGGACUUUCCUAUCCUGCGUCUGCACUCUGACAGAGGUGGUGAGUUCACCUCCGACCUCUUGCGAGCCUUCUAUGAGGAGCACGGCAUCCGCCAGCCGUUCACGCUUCUGGCCUCUCCGCAGCAGAAUGGGGUUGCUGAGCGCCACAUUGGCUUAGUCAUGGAGGUCGCUCGUACCUCCAUGAUCCAUGCGGCUGCUCCCCAUUUUCUGUGGCCGUUUGCGGUCCGGUACGCCGUGCAUCAGCUCAACCUCUGGCUCCGUGUCUCCUUGCCGGAGACCUCGCCCACACUGCUGUGGACGGGGGAGGUUGGCGAUGCGUCGCGAUUCCGGGUCUGGGGUGCUCGUGCCUUUGUCCGCGAUACCACCGCGGACAAGCUCUCCGCCCGCGCCAUUCCCUGCGUCUUCCUUGGUUUUCCUCCUGACGCGCCUGGCUGGCAGUUUUACGACCCCGCCUCACGCCUUGUCUUUGCGUCUCAGGACGUCACCUUUGACGAGCCAGUGCCCUUUUACCGCCUGUUUCCCUACCGCACUACCCUUCGCGCUCCCCCGCCACUCUUUCUCGCUCCAGGUCCUCCCCAGGUAGACCCCCUCCCCGCGCCAGGUCCUGCUCCUUCAGGUGUUUCUCAGGUAGACCCUCCUGUGCCUGCGCCUGUUGAGGUCACUGAUGAUUCAGGUCCUGCUGGGGGUGGUCCUGCUCGGGGUGCUGUCUCUGGGGGUGCUGAGCCUGGGGGUACGGAGCCUGAGCGUGAGGAGCCUGGGGGUGCUGAGCCUGGGGGUGCGGAGUCUGGGGGUGCUGUGCCUGAGCGUGAGGAGCCUGGAGGUGCUGAGCCUGGGGGUGCGGAGUCUGAGGGUACUGAGCCUACGCGUGAGGGGCCUGAGGGUACUGAGCCUGGAGGUGCUGAGCCUGAGCGUGAGGAGCCUGGAGGUACUGCGUCUGGGGGUGCUGAGCCUGAGCGUGAGGAGCCUGGGGGUGCUGAGUCUGGGGGUGCGGCGCCUGAGGGUACUGCGACUGCUGGUGCGCGGUCUCCUUGGAGUGGCCGCCUUCGUCCGCGUGUGCCUCUCACCUCACAGCAGCUGCACGAGUGGUACGGACGUCGUCAGGGUCGCGCUGCUGGAGCUCGGGGCUCUGCCACUGGAGGUGCUUCCGCUGACGUCACUGGAGCUCGGAGUGGUGCUGGAACUUUGUCUUCUGGAGGUGCUGGAGUCACUGGUCCCGGAGGUGCUCGUACUGGAGGUACUGGAGCUGCUGGGACUGGAGGUGCUGUGUCUGGGGGUGCUGCUGCUGGAGACACUGAGGCUGGAGACCCUGGGACUGGAGGUGCCGGUUCUGGGGGUGCUACUGCUGGUGGAGCUGGUCCUGGAGCCGCGACUGUUCUUCGCUCCGCCGUCUCCGUCGUCUCAGCCACCGCCUGGCUCUAUGCUUCGCCAGGUUCUUAG